AUGGGAGAUCCACGACUGCAAUCUGGUUCGUCAAGGCGCUUGUUGUUUGGCGUAUUGAGCGUUAGUCAGUUCCAGCUCCCACCCCUGCCUGCCUCCUCACCCAUCCAUCUUCACUCAUCCAACCUCACCCAUUCAUCCUCACCCAUCCAUCCUCACCCAUCCCUCCACACCCAUCCCUCCUCACCCAUCCGUCCCCACCCAUCCCUCCUCACCCAUCCGUCCCCACCCAUCCGUCCCCACCCAUACGUCCCCACCCAUCCGUCCCCACCCAUCCGUCCCCACCCAUCCGUCCCCACCCAUCCGUCCCCACCCAUUCCGCCGCCAGUAAUAUCAGUUCUGGCGGCAUUGGGGAAACUGCAGGAGAACCUGCGCAUCUGUCUCCACGCACCCCAUGUGCAUCAGACAGUGGAGGAGGUAGCGAUGGUGUUUGGGAGGAUACAGGGGGACGCAUGGGCGACAGUGGAGGGGCUGGCGUUGGUGUUUGGGAGGAUACAGGAGGACCCAUGGGCGACAGUGGAAGGGUUAGCGACAGUGUUUGGGAGGGUGCAGGAGGACCCAUGGGCGGUGCACAGCAACCUCACUCAGCGGUGCUUCGCCAACUACAUCGUGCGCACCCAGUUUGCCCGCCCCUGGGUGCACGCCAUUGCCUACAUGGCCUUUGUCAACGGCUCCGACAGGUGCGUCUUUCUCUCGGGUAGAGAGGCCACUUCUGAGGCGCCUCAGAAGGCGCACAUGUCCCGUCCGCCCCUGGCCUGGGUGCAUGCAAUCGCCUGCAUCGCCUUCGUCAAUGGCUCCGACAGGGCAACCUUUGAGCGGCGCAUGGGGUGCGAGCUGGUGGACCUUCUAUGGCGCCGCAGCCCGCCCGCGAACUGGUACAUGGACGUGCGCGUGUGGUUCGACAGCCAGUUCCCCUUGGCCCUCACUGUUGGCUACUCGCAGUGCCUGGACGGCCGCCUGAACCCCUCGUAUGGCCCGCAGCUGACCCGCGUGAAGGAGACUGCUGAGAAGAUGCUCACCACGCCCUAUGUGCUCUCCAAUGGCCAUCCAGGCAUGGGCAUGGUGUUCCCGAUCUUCAAGGGUAGCGUGACGGCAGCAUCGCCCUUGCAAGACAGGCAGGCUGCACUCAUAGGUGUCGUGGCGGCAUCCGUGGACUUUAGCCGCCUCGCCGACUUCAUCAUUCUGGAAGUGCUCCGCCAAGGCGCGGACUAUUCUCUGGAGGUGUAUGACGUCACCCCCACGGAUCUUCUCCCCAACUCCUCCACCCCGCUGGGCCCGCGCCUGCUGUACGGGGUGGGGGACUUGCCUCAAGGCAGCUUCAUGCAAGUGGCCAAGCUCAUUCCGCCGUCCAACGAGACCAUGCUGCAGCCGCAGAGACACAAGGGCUCGGACGAAGCCCGCAGCAUGACUGCUGUGUUCCUGGGGGUGAUCAUCGUGGUGGUGGCGGCGCUGCUGGCCGGCAUUGCCGUGAGCGUGACAAUCAACACGCGCAGGCUGCGCGAGAAGACGGCUGCUGUGGAGAGGCUGAAGGAGAGCGCGGAGGUGGCGGAGCGCAACAAGAGUGCCUUCAUUGCCAGCACAGCGCAUGAGCUGCGCACCCCCAUCAAUGGCAUGGAAGGCAUGCUCAAGCAGCUGGACGAAGGAGGGCUGGACGGGGGGCAGAGGGGGGACGUGGGGGCAGCAGUGGAGGAGGCGGAGCGCAUCCUGAGGCUCGUCAACGCCGUGCUGGACGUGUGCAAGGCGGAGGCCGGCCGCCUGCACCUGGAGAGCCUGCCCUUUGCCCUCCGCCCCUGGCUGCGUGACGUGCUGCUCCCACACGAGCAGGCUGCUCAGGAGCGCGGCCUCGAAUUGACAUGGCGUGUGGAUGGGGAUGUGCCCGGUGUGCUGGUGGGGGACUACCUUCGCCUGCAGCAGCAAGUGGUCGACAGAAUAGUCGGUGAGUAG